UUUCUUCUUAUUGUAAAUCCUAAGGGAAAAAAUGAAGAGUGCUUUGACUUUAGAAACGAUCGCUAGAUGUUCAGUUACCAAAGCAAGAGUUAAUAAGUUGGUCUUGCCUCAUGGACUUGUAGACACGCCUGUAUUCAUGCCUGUUGGUACACAAGGUACUUUGAAAGGAUUCACGCCAAAGGCUUUGGAGAACAUGAACUGUCAAAUCAUGUUGAACAAUACAUACCACCUCGGUUUGAAGCCAGGACAAGAGAUCUUGGAUGAAGCAGGUGGAUCGCAUGAAUUUCAAAACUGGCAUGGUAAUUUAUUGACCGAUAGUGGUGGAUUUCAAAUGGUGUCGUUAUUAAAGUUAGCAGAGAUCACGGAGGAAGGUGUUCAGUUCCAAUCGCCUCAUGACGGCUCACUCAUGAUGUUGACUCCCGAACACAGCAUGUCUUUGCAAAACUCGAUCGGAUCCGACAUCAUGAUGCAGUUGGACGACGUGAUCUCUUCAUUAGUCACCGGUCCACGUGUAGAAGAAGCCAUGUGGCGAUCCAUCCGCUGGCUGGAUCGUUGCAUUGGAGCCCAUAAAAAACCAGAGACUCAAAAUCUAUUCGCUAUUAUUCAAGGUGGAUUAAAUCCGGAAUUAAGAAAAUUAUGUAUACAGGAAAUGGUUAAAAGAGAUACACCUGGUUACGCCGUUGGUGGUUUAUCUGGUGGUGAAGAGAAGGAUGAGUUCUGGAAAAUUGUCACUUUAUGUACAGAUUUAUUACCAAAAACGAAACCAGUAUAUUGUAUGGGUGUUGGAUAUGCUGAAGAUCUAGUCGUGUGUGUCGCAUUAGGUGUAGAUAUGUUUGAUUGUGUAUAUCCCACUAGAACUGCUCGUUUUGGUAACGCACUUACCAUGCAUGGUACUGUUUCUUUAAAAUCUGGUAAAUAUAGUACCGACUUUGGUCCUAUCGAAGAAGGUUGUGGAUGUGAUACAUGUCGUGACUAUACAAGAUCUUAUAUCCACCUUGUCUCCAGGGAUCCUGUUGGCAGUCGACUUGUAUCUGUCCAUAACGUAUAUUUCCAGUUAAGAUUGAUGAGAGAAAUGAGAGAAGCCAUCAAAAAAGAUCAAUUCCCUGCUUACGUACAACAAUUCUUUAAGGGCUACUUUAAAGAUGUUUCAAAGUACCCCGUUUGGACUGUGAACGCUCUUAAGAGUGUAGGCGUAGAUUUGGUUUAAAGAAAUAGACGCCAUAUUUUCUUUGUAUUAUAAAUAAAUUAGAAUGUAUAGAUCCCCUCCCC